AUGGACGACACUCACCCCACCACCCUCAACUCCAUCAUCCAUGGUGUUGAGGCUGUUGCCCUCGCAGGAAAACCAAUGAAUGUUUCAGACCUCCCGCUCGAGAUACUCGACAAAAUCAUGUUCCAUCUCUCCAAGCGAGCUGAGAAACGCAACGGUGGUGCCAUGAAGGUGGGCGUUACGUUCACUCCGUCCGCAGAUAUCAAGAACGUCCGCCUCUCCUGCCACAUCUUGAGCGCAGCUGCAUCGCGUUACCUGAUCGAUGGCCUCAAGGUUCAAGUGUCACAAAGUUCUCUCUCCCACCUCGAAGAGAUCAGCGAGCACCCGCUCAUUCGUCACAGCGUGCAGGGCGUUGAGCUCUGCCUAGCACAGCACGACAGUAUCUUCGACAAUGGCAUUCAGGGACUUAUCCAAUUCGUCAAAAGCAACAAGAUGCUACUCGAUAUUGCUGAUUACGGCAACUCCCAUGAGAUGACACGCAAGGCUCGAUACAUUUCUGCCUGUUGGAAUGAGUUUCAGAUGGUCCUCGAAUCUGCAGCCGACACCCUGCUUGGCAGCUUUGAUGAGGAAAUCGGAGCCAUCCAAGAUAUCGCGGGGUGCAUUCACCACACUGGAACACUACUUGAAGGCUUCCGCCAAUACCGAAGCCGCUUGCACGAGCAGACUUCCCUUCAUCAAGGUGGCUUUGUGGCGAGGGUGUCAGCGGCAAUGGCCAAACUGCCCAGUGUCGAGCACCUCGGAAUCACCGACUGGGAUACUGCCGCCUUGGGUCGCCGGCCUGGAGAAUUUGACAUGCGCGUGUACAAAAUCGAUGUCUCGAGCGACUUGUCCAUCACUAACAGUCUAGCUGGUAGCCGCCUUCCAUUCGACCAAGUUCGGGGCACCAAUCUCAUGUCCAUCAUUCCGGGUCUCGUCUGUACGGGCAAAAACAUCGAGUCCCUGGACAUCCAGAUCUCUCCAAGUGCAGUCUCAUACACGGAGCUCAUGUUUUCCACCUCACAGCAAGCCGAGCUGAGGUCUGGUCUGAAGAAAUUGCAGUCUUUCAAGUUCGAUAAUUACCGGGCCCACAUCGCGAACCUCUGGAACGAGGCAGAUGCAAUUCGCCCGUUGGGACAGUUCAUCGACUCCUGCCUGAUAUCCGACAACCUGGAGUGCAUCUUGAUCAACGCCAAGAUACGCUAUUAUCCAAACGUCGCGAGAAGCCUCUUCAGCCCGCGCGCUUGGCCCAAGUUGAAGUCUGUUGACCUCAAAGACCUCCCUGUUUCGGCCGCCGACCUCGACGUCUUGACCAAAUCACUCGCAUCCAACCAUCCUUACGGAUAUCUUACGCUUCGAGCUGUCCGCCUCUACUGCGGCGCCACCUGGGCCAGCAUCCUCGACAUGCUGCGCAGCCGCGACCUCCACGUUAGCCUCGGCAUGUACCAAUUUGGCGCGGAAGCCGAAGAGGACCCGGCUCUAUGCGAAGAGGUGUUCUCCGGACUUCGGUGGCGAUAUACCAGAAGCUUCCCAAGCUUCGCCGAGUACUAUGUCCGGGGAGAGGACAUGAAGAAUCCCCUCCUGGAACGCCCUGACCAGGACCUCUGUCACAGAAUGUUCGGCCAAGUGCUGGAGCAUAGGCUACCACUAUGGGAGUUCUGA